AAACCCAUAUUGAAUGGAGAAAAGAUAACACCAAGGAUAAUAGAAGAUGAUGACGGUGACAAGUAUUUUAUUGAAGACUAUAUUCUCAGCAUAGCGAAUGUGCAAGAAGGUGACCAGGCAAAUUAUGCGUGUGUUGUUCAUAGUGAACUGGAUUCAGUGAGCAGAUCUGCUCGUUUAAUCAUGCUCGAUUUACCAGAGCCUCCUUACAACUUGGAACUCGCCACAUUUCAAGAUACAAGUGUGACUUUAAGCUGGACCCCAGGAAAUGAUAACAAUAGCCCCAUUGGCGAGUUCAUCAUAGAGUUUGAGGAAGAUAAUUUUGAACCUGGAAUAUGGCAUGAACUAAAACGGGUUGGUGGAACUGAAAACUCAGCAUACCUGGACCUUUCUCCUUAUGUAAAUUACCAGUUUCGAGUUAUUGCAGUGAAUGAGCUGGGACCAAGCAAUGGAAGCAAGCCGUCAGACCGCAUUAGGACACCAGAAGCAGCACCUUUAAACAACCCUAUUGAUGUUCGGGGAGAAGGUACUAAACCCAAUAACAUGAAAAUAACAUGGAAGCCUAUGAGAGGAAUUGAAUGGAAUGGACCUGGUUUUGCUUACCUUGUGAAGUGGAGAAGGCAGAAACAGAAUGAAGAAUGGAAGGAGAAGAUUCUCACAGAGCCUUAUGUCUUUGUAGAAGAUACCAAUACAUUUGUGCCUUAUGAUAUCAAAGUCCAGGCUGUAAAUGAGCUUGGGGAAGGCCCGGAGCCUAAAGCUGUCACUGGAUACUCUGGAGAAGACUAUCCCCAAAGUAUCCCUGAGAAUGUUGGUUUAGAAGCUGUUAAUGACAGUACAAUAAAAGUGGCAUGGUUGCCUGUACAGAAAGAAGGAUUAAACGGUCACCUGAAAGGAUUUGUGGUCCAAUAUGCUGCUCAGAAUGAGAGGCAUACACAUAAGAUAACUGUGUAUGGUAAUGUUACUCAUGCAAACAUCAACAGCCUAAAGCCUUUUACCAACUACUCCGUCACAGUUCAUGUGCUCAACGGUAAAGGUGAAGGCUCAGAAAGUGAGACAAAGACCAUCAGAACGGAAGAAGGAGUUCCCAGCCCACCUUCUGGAUUACGUAUUGAACGGCUGUCUGACACAUCUCUUGCACUGUUUUGGGGACCUCCUGAACAUCCCAAUGGAAUCCUUACAGGCUACAAGAUUUCUCAUCACUUAGUGAAUAAGGAUCAUACUGACUCAUUUGUACUGCAAACCAUCAAUGAUCCAACUCAACAAAACUGGACAUUUCACAACAUGAGUGCCAAGGAUACCUACAAAUUCUAUGUGUAUGCCAAAAACUCUGUUAAAGAAAGUUUACCUGCCAAGAUAGAGGGCAGCACAAUGAAAGAGCUAGAGUUUCCACCAGUCCUAAACAUUACCGUUUUCAGCACAGAAAAGUAUAUCUGCUUUAAAUGGAGGCCGUUGGAUGGACUGAGAAAUGGUGAAAUUAGAGUGCAGAUAAAGAAUAAGAGCAAUGACCAAUGGUAUCUCCAUGCUAUUGUCAAUGCAUCGGAUGCGGAGUACAAGCUUCUUGAACUGAAAUCAGGACAGAAUUAUCACAUCCGUCUUUUGGCCCUAAACUACAGUGGCUUUGAGGAGAUCUGGAUAAAUGAAGUGCAUACUCCACUAGCUUUAGACGUUAGUCAUAAAGGAUUCGCUACAGAGGGCUGUUUAUUGGGCUGAUAAGUGCUAUUGUACUGCUGCUGCUUAUCCUUCUCAUCCUGUGCUUCAUCAAACGCAGCAAAGGGGGCAAGUACUCAGG